CAUUCGAGGCAGCCAUGUUUGCCUGCCUAGUGCCUAGCCACUUUCUAAUUCCAUGCGCUUUCGUACAUGACGCCCUCACUACCAAGGGCCAAAUUUUCAUGAAAAAUUGGUCAAAUAAUUCAAAUAUAGACCAAUAAAACUCGCUACUCAUAAUCCAUGCAAUUAGAGUUACCCUCUGGACCCAUAAAUUUGCUAAGAGCAGCCCAAAUUUGAGUUCAACAUCAGAAUGAGCUCAGUGAGGAAGCGGCUUCAGGAGGACACAGAGAUGUUCCUGAUGCCGAGUGGGAAACACAACGAGCAGCCCGUUGUGAUAGCCGACCCCAAGAAAAAGGCCGGCUACUGUCGGCAAGAGACGCGCAAGACACUCCAGGCUAAAAAGAUGAUGGAGCAAGCCAGCCACGUCACGGCUGUGCAGCAGCAAAGGGAGUACCCUGAGGAGCGCGUCCUUGCCUUGCAAGAAAAGUACAGACGCCAAAAUGAGAAAAAGAAGAAACAAGAACUCUUUGGCACUCGUCCGUACGACGCCAGCAAAAACCUCAAAAACGUCAGCAAGGUCAUGAAUGCUUACAGCAACCAGGUCAAAGACAUCAACAUGGUAGCUCAGGCGCGCCGCAAGUCUACCGAGGACCAGGCCCCGUUCGUAUUCGAGGGUGACGAGGACACACACCAGGUCCCGGCCCGUUCUCGAUCUGGCAGCCGCGGCAAAUCCUCUUCCAAAAAUGCAAAGAAGAGGCGCCACUCAAGUCAUUCAGCUGAUGGCAAAGCAAAGAGGAGGAAGACGAAGGAUGACAGCGAGAAGAAGAAGAAGCAAGAGGAAAAACAAAAGGAAAAUGAGAAGGACAAGAAGAUCCGCCAGCUUGAAAAAGAAAAGGAAGAGCUGAAGAAAAAGCUGAGGGAUAAAGAAAAGCAGGAGCUGAAAGACAGAGAGAGGAAAAAACAGAAAGAGCUGGAGGAGAAGGAAAAAGAAAAGGAAGCCAAAAAGAUCAGAGAGAGGAGGACGAUUCCACCCAGCCCUGAAAAGGUGCGGAAUCAGCAGGCUUUGGAGAUGCUUAGAAAGAGACGGAUGCAGAGGCAGGAAAAUCGAGCAGAACAUGAGAAUGGUGAGUCUGACAAUGAAGAAAGUGAGAAGGAGGAGAGUUUUGAGGAGGAUGGGGAGGAAACUGAGUUUGAAGAGGGCGAGGAAACUGAUUUUGAAGAGGAAGAGAAUGCUUCCGAGGCCGAGGAGGAAUCUGAAGUCGCUGAACCAGCUCCAGCUCCGGAGUUCGGAGAAUCCGACCACGAAGAGGAGCACCAUCAGUACCUCUCUCAAGAGAAACCUCCAGAACCUCCAACUCGCAGUUCUUUGCCUUCACAAGAUGCCACCUCGGCUGAGACUCACCGUGAACCUCUUUCAAUUCGUUCUAGAGCUCCAGCUACCUCAGACAACUUGGAACUUAAACCUUUCGAUCUGCCUGAAUCCGUCAAAAGCAGCAGAAUUGCCGAGAUCAUCGACGAUACUCAGUACGAAAACGUUGUUGAAAAGCUGCAAAGUUUGCUCUCCAGCCAGCCUCCCCAAAAAUUAGACGCUGCUUCAAAUGGUAAGAAACCUGCAGACCAAUCUUUAAAACCUCAAUCUAAAGCGCCAGAGAUUAUUAACUUAGACAGCGAUGAUGAAGAACCAGCCCCAAAACCAAAAGACCUAAAACCCACAACGAUUGAAGAUAUCAAGAAAUUGAAAUUUUACACAAUAUCCGAACUACCAGACCCCCUCGCUGUCAUCAAUGGGAAUCGGGAGCUCGAGAAAAGCUUGUGCGAGGCUGUUUACAAGAGCAAGCUUCUAAUUGAGUGCUUCCGAGAAGACAUCGUGGAAGUCGACAAUGCUCUGCCUCAAGCAGAAGACUUCACCUCUUACCGAGUCAAAGUGAUAACAAAAUAUCUGGAUGAAUGUAUGGACUUAAAAAAGAAAUCAGAAUUGUCAAGGCCGGCCACUGUAACACUGUAAAAUUUGUACAUCGAAUUCAAACUUAGAGCAUCUUCAUAUUCUUUUCGUAUUUUCACUAUUACUUGUGUAAAUAGAAAUAUCUUUAAAAAUAGGUGGUUUAUAUUCUGUUCCUUACUUACUAUCUUUACUACAAAAUGCAAAUUUAUGCCAUCUUACUAUUUAGGAUUACUUUUGUAAAUAUCUUUAAAUAGGCAACUUUAUAUUUUGUUCCUUACUUAAGUCCAAUUAUGAGUUAUUGAGAUACUUGAGUUAUAAUGAAUUUUUUACCAAUAAAUAUUGCUGUAUAUUU